UCAUUCCUUCCUGCUUUACUUCUUGUAAUUUCACUCCCACUUCUUUCCAGUUUAAGAAUUCCAUGAUUCCAAAGGUGAAAGAGAUCACUGAUAGACUGAAUAGUUUGACUACUCGAAGAAGUAGUUUGGGGUUGAGUGAGAUCUUGUCUCAAGCUCCAACCUCCAAGGGAAAGCAGCCCAGGCUGCAACCAACUUCCGUAAUGGAUGAAGCUGUAGAGUAUGUUGGUAGACACAAGGAGAAGCACGAAAUGGUUGAGUUGCUCAAAGGUGAUAACUCCAAUGGAGUUUCAGUCCUUUCCAUAGUCGGCAUGGGAGGGAUGGGUAAAACAACUCUUGCUCAGCUUGUUUACAAUGAUGCCACCAUCAACGAGUCUUUUGACCACAAAGCCUGGGUCUGCGUUUCUGAUAAUUUUGAUGCAGUUUAUAUAACAAGGACAAUUUUAAAAUCCAUCGAUUGUGACUCUCCUGAUGAUAAUGACUUGAAUUUACUUCAAGUUAAAUUGAAGGAGAAGUUGUCUGGGAAAAGAUUCUUGCUUGUUUUAGAUGACAUUUGGAACGAGAAUUACGAUGAUUGGACCAUCUUACGGUCUCCGUUUGGAGCAAGGACCAAAAUCAUUGUAACCACUCGUCUUCAAAUUGUUUCAUCUAUUGUGGACUCACUCAAAGUUUUUCAUUUGGAUAAACUAUCGGAUGAUGAUUGUUUAUCCAUAUUUACACACCAUGCAUUAAAAGCAAGAAAUUUCGAUGGACAUAUCCAGUUUAAAAAGAUUGGAGAGAAAAUUGUUAGAAGGUGCAAUGGCUUACCUUUGGCUGCAAAAGCCAUUGGAAGCUUGCUACGCACAGUUAAAGACUAUGCAGAAUGGGAAAGAAUAUAUGAGAGUGAGAUAUGGAACUUACCAGAAGAGCAGUGUGGCAUAAUUCCAGCAUUGCGAUUAAGCUACCAUCAUCUUCCGUCAUACUUGAAACGAUGUUUUGCAUAUUGCUCCAUACUUCCUAAAGAUUAUGAAUUUGAGGAAGAAGAAAUAAUCUUGUUAUGGAGAGCAGAAGGUCUCUUGCAACAAAAAGCUAUGCCUCAAAUUAAAGAUACUGGAAAUCAAUAUUUUCAAGAUCUAGUGUCGAGGUCAUUUUUUCAGAUAUCCAGUAAAGAUAAGUUUCGAUUCGUAAUGCAUGACCUUAUCAAUGAUUUAGCUCAAGUAGUUGCAGGAGAUACAUGCUCUAAAUUGGAAGGUGAUAAGCAACAACGGUUCUCAAAUCGCACUCGACAUUCUUCUUAUAUUGUCGGCAGAUUUGGCAUAUUUGAAGCAUUUAAUCAAGUGAAAUCAUUACGUACUUUUCUACCUUUACAGUUGUCAUGUUUUCGGUGGCCUUAUUUAACCGAUGUUCUUUUGGUUGAUUUAUUGCCAAGACUUGGCUACUUAAGGGUGCUUUCUUUGAGUGGGUAUGAGAUCUUUGAGUUGCCUGAUGUUUUUGAAAAUUUAAUACAUCUUCGCUACUUAAAUUUUUCUAACACCAAUAUCAAAUGCCUACCUGAUUCUCUGUGCACUCUUUACCAUUUGGAAACUUUACUAUUAAAAGGGUGUUUCAAACUUCAAAAGUUACCUUCAAAGAUGGGAAAUCUUGUCAACUUGCAUUAUCUUGAUAUCAGAGGUGCGAACUCAAUAGAAAGGAUGCCUUUUGGAUUUGAUAAACUAACUAAUCUUCAAAGGUUAUCUGAUUUUAUCAUAAGGGAAGGUGAUAGUUGUCACAUGAGAGAUUUGAAAUAUUUGUCAAAUCUCAAAGGUGAUUUCCGUCUUUCUGGUUUGGAGAAUGUUAAUUGUCAAGAUGCAAGGGAAGCCAAGUUAAAUGAGAAGAAGGGGAUUGAUAGAUUGGUAUUGCAUUGGAGUAAAAAGUUUGAGAAGGAUUCAAGGAAUAAAGAAGAUGAAGAACGGGUGUUGGACUCUCUUUGUCCUCCAAUCAAGCUUGAGCAACUCGUCAUUGAGAAUUAUGGUGGUGCAAAAUUCUCUACUUGGAUUGCAGAUUCUUCCUUCAAGAAUAUGGUGUCAUUGGGGCUUCACAACUGUAAAAAUUGCAAAUCUCUACCAUCGAUUGCAAGGUUAUCAUUUUUAAAAGAUCUUUCAAUUUGUGGUUUGGACGAGGUACAUAAAAUCGGUGUUGAGUUGUUUGGAGCAAAUCAAUCGAAUGCAUUUGCAUCAUUAGAGACUCUGUAUUUUUGCGAUCUGCCAAAUUGGGAGGAGUGGGACCCAUGUGAAUGUGAUGAGCAAACUUCGAAAUUCCCCAGCCUUCGUGAGCUUUCAAUCCUAGAAUGUCCUAAAUUGUUGGGAAGGCUGCCAACCCUUCUUCAAUCCUUGCAGAUACUUAUAAUCUGUGAGUGUAAGAGACUGGUAGUUUCAAUUUCAAGUUUUUCGUCCUUAUGUGACUUAAGAAUCUAUGGGUGUGAAGAAUUGGUGGAUGAAGGCUCAUCUUCUGUACAAGAGGUUACCUCUUUGAAAAGUGUGACUCUAAAAAAUAUUUCAAAGUUCGAUAUUUCAGCAGAGAAGGCAAUGCUGAGAUUUGCAAACUCGGAAGCUUUUGACAUCUCUGGUUGGAAAGAGUUGGAAUCUUUAUCGCAAAAUGGGUUAAGCUUAGUUGGGCAUCGAUUUAUUGCGAUUGCGGAUUGUCCCCAGUUGGUGUCUUUGGAAACGGAGGAGGAGAGUUUGCAACUUGACAAGAUUCCAGGUGUAGAAUCUCUGGAAAUAAGGGAUUGUGAAAGGCUCAAUAGACUACCAGAAAUCUUACAUGCUUUCCCAUUCAUUACAAGAAUAAAACUUGAAAAUUGUCCAGGCUUGGUUUGUUUUGCAAAGAGGAACUUCCCCCCUGCUUUAAAAGAGCUGGAGAUUUGCGAAUGUGAGAAUUUGCAAUAUUUGGUUGAUGAAAACGUAAAUAAUAAGAUUAUGAGUAGCAACACUUGUCUACUCGAGCAUUUGGAAAUACGAGACUGUCCAUCUCUAAUAUGGUUAUCAUCAAGGGGCGAUAUAUGCAAUCGGCUUCAACAUCUCGAAAUUGAAAGUGGUUCAAAGCUGAGAAGCUUGUUUUUAAAUUCCAAGUUACCAGUAAUGCUUAAACGUCUAGUUAUUUUGGAUUGUCCGUUGUUGGAAUGCAUAGCCCAAAAUUUCCAUGAAACUGUUGAUCUCGAAAGUAUUAGAAUUUCUAAUGCUGAAAAUAUUAAAUCAUUACUUCAAGAGAUUGAAGUUGAUGGGUGCCUAAGUGAUCAUUGUGAAAAUUUUAGAGCCCUUCCCAAGUGCAUCAACAACUUCACCUCCCUUCGAGAAUUAAAAGUGCGGGAGUCUUCGGCUGACCUAUCCUUUACAGAAGAGGGUUUCCCUACCAACCUCGCAUCACUUGAAAUCUUAAACGCACCCAAAAUUUAUACAUCACUUGUUGAGUGGGGAUUAAACAGAUUCACCUCUCUUCAAGAACUCCAAAUCAGUGGUGAAGGCUGCUCAAGUCUCAUGUCGUUUCCAGAAGAAGGGAUAGGAAUGACGCUGCCUCCUUCUCUCACAUCUAUCUGCAUUGAAAAUUUUAAGAAUUUGGAAUACAUGUGCUCCAAGGGCUUUCAACACCUCACCUCUCUUCGAAAAUUGCGAUUCUAUGCUUGUCCUAAGCUCACAUCUCUUCCGGAAAAAGAUAUGCUUCUCUCCCUUGAUAGUCUAUAUAUCUGGGGUUGUCCGUUGCUAGAAGAAGUGUGCAGUAGGGGUAAAGGACGAGAGUGGUCCAAGAUUGCCCACAUACCUUUUGUGUUUAUUCAAGGCAAACGAGUGUGAAACUUAAGCAGCAAAAUCUUGCAUCGAUUCUCUGCAGUCAAACCACAGGUUCAAAAAAUCUAACUUAUAAUUGGACUAGUUGCUUGGCUUGAGCUCAGGAUGCAAAGAAAGAUACUGUUCCUGGAGCUUCCGACAGUUCAGCUGUGAACGGUACUCAUAUAGAAAUCUGCACACUCUAAUGGAGGACCUUUUAAGGAUGCGACCAUUAGUUCCUUGAAAGUUGAUGUUUUGGAUGAGACAUCAAAUGGAACCCAAAGUUCCGGAAGCAACGAUAAGCUUGUGGAUGAUGAAGAUGAACUUCAAGUUUAAGAUGAGGUAGCUUUAGGUGAAAAGAUAGAAGAGAUGGCGGCAAGAAUCGAGCAACUUGAAGCCAAGCUGAGGGAAGUGGCUGCCUUGGAGAUUUCUCUUUAUUCUGUAAUUCUGGAGCAGGUUAGUUCAGCAAAUAAAGUGCAUACACAUGCUUGGUGCCUUUCUAGACUCUAUAUACAUGCUUGCAAGCAUUGGAGUGGAGACAAGCAAGCCAUGAUUACUAAGAAUACUGUCUCAGGGCUCAUUUUGAUUACGAAAUCCUGCUGUAAUGAUGCUUCAAGGCUCUUUCUAUGUAUAUGCAACCUCAGGUUGAGGGUUCAUGUUCUGAUAAAACAUUAGGAAAGUUGUUGGAGCCGGCCUCAGGCGACAAAAAGCUUCUUGAUUGAUCUACGAAAAAUGGCUUUCGAAGAUGCUUUUCAACUAACUUUCUCUGUUAGAGCCGGAGCCAUGAAUGUAGUUGCUUGCCAGUUAUUGCAAGUAUGGUAUGUGGUUAUAUAUAUGUACACUAUAUUGAGAUGAGCUAAUUGAUGUAUCUUCUUCAGGUAAUGGAACAGUGUGUUGCAAGGUUAGAUGUAGCAAUGUUCUAUGCUAUUCUUUGGGAGUCGAAGAACGAGAUUCCAACUGAUCCCAUAUCCAAUCCCAUCGUAGAUUCCAAGGUUCUCCUGAGUUUCAGCCGGAGAUCUUAGCUUCUGAUCUGAAGCUCAACUAAAAGACUCUGUUGGAAAUUGGUCUAAGAUGGCUGACUGAUACGUACGAGGCUUUAAAAGAAAACUGACAUAACAAUCAAGACGAUUCCUAAAAUCACGAACCCUUCGUUCUUCUUAAUGCCCUUAGUGAUCUUCUAAUGCUUCCAAAGGACGUGCUAAUGGGCCAUUCGAUCAUAAAGGAGUAUGAUAACCUAUUAGAACAUUACUUAUUUGGUCUCUUUGAUGGCAGAGGAAAGCAUAUACAAGUGACGAGGAAUUGAAUUCUCCAUUAACAUCAACAAUUGAGAAAUUGUUAUUAUCUCCAACAAUUGUUGCCAAAGGAAGCAUGAAUGGAGAACACAAGCUUGAUGGCUAUGGCGGUCUCAUUGCGCUAUACAAACUCCUUCGUGAGGUAUGGUUAAUUCAGUUUGUUAGUGUUGGUUUUUUCUCCCAGCUACAACGCAAGUUGCAACUUGAGGCAUAGCUGGCUACUUGACGUGGCUACUAUUCUGAAGGUAAUUGAAGACCUUUUGAUGUGGCUACUUGUGAGGAGAAAGUGAUUGUAAUUUGACAAGCGAUGGACAACUUAUUUUAGGUAAAAUAUAUGAGAUUAGAUAGCACUUUAUUUGUUCAUAGGAACUAUUUAAUUGAAUGCAAAAUUGUAAGUAAAUAGAAUGUGAGAUACUUAGUUAUAUCA